AUGCCGACAAGUCGAUCAAUGGGAGGAGUGGUGCAAAAAGAGGAGUAUCCGCAGGAGUAUGAGCACAUUGUCACCAACGCUCCUAUCAUGGGUCGGGACCCGGAGGAUAGAGAUUUUGUUGAGGGCGGCGAGGUCAAAGAUAUUGACAUCAACAUGUCUGAGGCUCCAAAGUACAAGGUCAUCCCAGGGACCAUUGCAUUCAAUCAAUAUCUUACAACUUUUUGCAUCACCCCGUCACCGCAGCCCACCGACCUCAUCCACCCGGACGACGAACGGAAACCGAGACACGGCCACGACCCCGCCCUGCCCGACGACGAGCUUACCACGGACCCCUGGCGGACUGUCGCCGCCGCCACCGGCAUCACCGUACCACGGCCGGACGACGUACAUGCUGUCGCGCUCGAGGACGCGCUCGACCACGUACUCGGUGGCGUCGGCGCGCAAAAAGACGAAGCAGCCGGCGCGCGGGCAGGGCACGGCCGAGAGCCAGGGCGGCUGCGGUGA